UCAAUGAUAAAGGUAUAACUCUAAUCGAACACGUUGUGUGUGGUACGGAGUAAUUCUCAGAAAUAAGCAAAUUUAACAUGUAUCAGAAAACGGUUUUGAAAAAAAAACAAGAGAGGGUUUCUCUCAGUGCGACACUGUCAGAUUGCGGGAUAGAUGUUCAUGUUGCCAGAAACACAUCGGAUGUGUAAUGUAACUGCGUUAGUAUUGUUAUAAACGAAUAAUCGUCGUUUUGUACGAAUACAAUAGAAGGGGAAUAGACAGUUGUUCAGAAAAAAAGAACGUACGAACGCUAAAUGGAAUGCGGUUUCACGUGUCAUGUUCGAAUUGACAGUUCAAACUCUUAUGCUAUAAUUCAUAUCUGUAGGUGUAUACUUUGUGGAGAUAGUGCUUACAGUUUGGAGGGAAAGAAAAAAGCCAUUUCGGAAAUAUAAUUUCGUGUUAUGGAAUCUUAGUAGAUUGUGGUUCGAUCUUGGAAUAGCUGAAAAAAGUAUGAUGCAGGCUCCACGAGCUCUACGGGGAUGAACAGCGGAGUUCCGGUUGCGGAAACAGCACGACAGAGAAUGAAACCCUGGCUGGAGCAUCACAUCAACAGCGGCAACAUCCCAGGCCUCCAGUGGCUCGACAAGCAACAGAAGAUCUUCAAGGUGCCAUGGAAACACGUCGGCAACCGCGAGUGGUCAGAGUCCGAUGGCACAAUUUUCAAAGAAUGGGCGAAGCACACGGGUCGAUACCGGGAAGGGCAUGAUCCCAUGGACUGGCCAACGUGGAAGACGCGCUUCCGGUGCGCACUUACUAAACUUCCGGACAUAAAAGAGCUCCGCAAUUUGAAUCGUCUGGACGGACAGACGGAUGAACCGUACAGGGUGUACCAGUUUGUGCCGAGAAAUAACGUUGAAAACAGCCCUCCCGUGGCAAGUCAGUCCCUCAUGGUUGAACACUACGACGAAAAUUCCAUGCAGUGCGAGACGCUGUUUUCGACCUCCGGGAAUGCUUUGCCAACGACAAUACAGUCUGAUUCCAUGAACAGUAACCCGCGGAUUGAUUCCGAUCUGGGCAGAAUCGACACCGCGGAUCUCAUAAAAGUCAGCGGGGAAGGAUUCGACCUUAAAAAUAUCAGCAUGGAUACGGAAUUCGAAGAGAUGCGCCUUGAAGAACAGGACCGAAAAGACUUCCCCAGAAUCAACGUCCCAAUGUUUUACAGAUGGGAUGAAUCAGACUGCAAGCUGUAUGUGACUGUGAAUUACCAGCGACAACGUAUGAUAGAGGAGCUGUGCUCGGAACCAAACGGUUGUCGAAUAUUCUAUGACAAGUGUGUGCCCAUAACCGAUGUGAAUGAAUACAGAGAGUUUUUCGGACACGAGAAGGCGAAAGUGAUUCAGCUUCCCGACCCGUCUGGGAUUCAAACCCUGAACUCCCAGCAGCACAAGCUGACCCAGGACCUCCUGCAGGCGACUGACCGGGGCCUGACGCUGCAGAUGAAGAAUGGCAGCAUCUUUGCAACAAGAAAGUGCAGGUGCCGCAUCUACGUGUCGACACCGUCUUGGAGUAACGGAGACCUGUUAAAACUCGAAAGAGACGUGGAGACAAACAUCUUUGACGUUGACAGCUACUUCAAGCCAGCGUUGAACAAGUACAUGCACCAGAAAGGCCCCAGGCCUUUGGCAGAGGUGAUCAUUUCAUUCGGUCAGCAGUUCUCGAGUCGCGAAUCUUUCAACGAUCUCCUCAUCUCCGCCACAGUGGUCCACGCAGAGGCGCAGAACUUUCUCACCAGCAUCAUGUGUACCAGCCCCAUCACUCCUAACAUCGAGAUCUCAAGGUCAGAUAAUAUCGAUAAGACAAUGGAUUUUAGAUACCAGUUAAUCCAGUACAAUAACUAGACACUGUGCAGCGAGUGCGAAGUAUAUACAUUAUGUACUGGUGAGCUGUUUUCCAAAACAUGUUCAACCCUGUGAAAGAUUCUUUUGAAAAUAGGGCAUCGGAAAAUACAGACUUAGACUGUUAUGAAAGGGAUCGGUGCAAUCAGGGACCUAAAUGUAUGUGUCACUGAUGCCAUGACACUGGUGCAGUGUACACUUCGUAGAAUAAUUAUAAUAUUGUUAGAAAGGAUGUUAAGGGUUAAUAUACAUUUGAAAUGUUUUACCUAUGAAAUACUGUUAUUGUAAAAUCGUGUUUCAGAAGUGACAUUCUUUGUGAGUUUGUUUUGACUACAAAUUAGUCAUUAUUCAUCUGUAAUUAAGACAUUUCGCUUCAUUGUAUCAUGUCUGUUACAUGUUGGUGUAAUAUUUUGUUCAUUUGUUGAAACUUUCAUGUUGCAGAUUUCUGUUAAGAUUUGCAUAACUCGAAUUUCAUAUGUUUCGCCAUAUCGUAUUGUUUUAAUAACAUUUAUAAAAUGUAUGCCUAUUUAAAUAUGAACGCCAAAUAACAUUCAUUAGAUGUGUAACUAUUUAGAUAUGAACGCCUGAUUUUCUUAAUUAUUCAUAUACAUACACUAAAUCGGAAAAGUAAGCAAAAAUGUUUUUCUUUAGUUUGUUUUAAAAAUACUUCUUUUAACAUAAAUAUCUUUUGUCUUAAAAUUCAAACAAGUAUGCAUUUUAAUGGCUAAUAGUGGCUGUAUACCAACGCCUUUUUAUAACAAGCUAAAUGUGGUGUUUAUAUAUAUCUAUGAAUGUUUUUAGGCAGGAUUGUCUGUGCUUAAUUAUGUAUAAAACUUAUUUUUUUUAAAUGCCAUAAUUGUUGAAACAAACGUAUGAAAAAUAAUUUUAAAUGGCAUUGCAUUGGCAUUGUUUCCAAGUUUUAUUAGUUUGAUGACAUUUUAUGACGUAAUAUUAUCAAUCAAAGUAAAUGAAAACGCUGUGUCGGGGAAACUAUUCAAUUAACUAACAUACAUGUGUUAAUCGUUCAUACAAACAUUUAUUUGUAAAUUCAUAUGUGUUUUGAAAUUGAAAUAAAUUUUUAGAUAA